GAAUGCGUUCGCGAGGUUUAAAAACCAGUAGAAACAUAUGGCUAGUGGAUAUUCAGCCAGAUCCUUUCAGCUCCACUCCACGUUUUACCCCGAAGACAAUGAGACCUUGUACUUGUGAAUAACAAAAGGGAAAAGUCACCUUCACGUACAAAUCAGCCUGACAACCCGCAGCCCCAUGUGGGAUAUUCUAUCUGCUACACUCUGGGAGGCUGUCGCCAGACACCUCCAAGGGGGUUUCUCCAGUGUAAGCAGUGGCUAGAGAGGAAGAGGGUUAUGGAACUGGCUGCAAAACGCACGGCGCUCGACGCCGACGCGCACUUCGUGCGAGAGAGGACCUCUAAGAGUCACACGGCAUAACGGCACAGCCAGUAGUUUAGUUCGUAGCACCCGGAACACGUCGCACUGACACAAUCCUUGUCCAACCCCCGGGUUCUUCGAAUCUCUAUCUCUAUCUUCCUCUUCUUUCUAUUCGAGAAUUAUUAGAACAGUCUAGUUAUCUACCACUCUACGAAUUUUCAUACUUCAAUUUUUCAAUUUACCUCUUCAAGUAGUUUAUUGAUAUCUCAAGUUUCAAGGAGUCAACAGCAAGACGUUACUGCCCAUCGUCCAAUAAUGUUCGAGGAUCACUGUGUUUGAUAAAUAAUAGUAUCAAGUGGCAACUUGUUUCUAAAUAUUAGGUUUCAGAAAAUUCGUCCGUAUGAUCUCCGCCUCUCUGAAGAUUGAAACUACUCAAUGGCAGAUUAAAACGCAUCUAAAGUAAUCUCCGAGAUUGAAGUAUCAAGUUAAUUAAUGACUACGAACGGAAAGCAACAACAGCAAGUUGGAUGCCUGCAAAUGAUUGAGUGCUCGUGUUCUCAAUAAUCGUGCAUACCCUCGAGGCAGAAAGACUAAAAAUUAAAUAGUUAUAAUAACGACAUUGACUACGAUUUAACAGACUGAAUAACUUAAAGAGAUGGUUAAACCCAGAGGAAUAGUUACACUUCCAACAAAGUGCGCUUAAACGACAACUGGAGAGACUGACGUGUUUACCAAGUGAAAAUAUCGAUCUACACGUAGUCACGAUCAUCAGUCUAGUUUCAAGACAAACUCCUGCCAACAAGCCUGACUAAUUCACAAUAAAAAAGACGGUAAAACCAUUCAGUGAGAAUAAUAGCUGCAGAAGUGGGUGCAGGUGAUAGCAACCAAGAGACUGAAUUUGAAAUCAUCUGGGCAUUAUGAUGAUGCACAAUUGAAUAACAGGGUCCUAAAAAAUUGUAGAUUAUUCGGCCAAUGACGUUUUUAUUUUUGUACUUAGAAUUUUUCCUUCAUAUCAACUAAGUACAGUGAUCAUUAGUUGUACAGGCGUUAGUGAAGGUAUCAGACUGAAAUGUUAGGGUAGUUAUGGCCGAGGUAUGGAGUACCAGUGUGUCAUUGUCUAUACGGUGAUAUCACCAUCGAGCUCAGUUGCACCAUCCAUUCGUCUUCAAAUUGAAAAUACUGUCACGAAUCCGGUUCCCACUGGAUGCGUUGCAUGGAUCAAGUCAUGGAUCAAAAGAGCGGUUGCUGCGUAUUUGAGAGCCUUGAACUUGAGCCCCAAUAAUGCUGUCGUCCACGGAAAUCUGGCGUGUGUUUACUAUGAACAGGGACUCAUCGAUUUGGCCAUUGAUACCUACAGACGAGCUAUCGAGCUCCAGCCCAAUUUUCCAGAUGCAUACUGCAAUCUGGCCAAUGCACUCAAGGAGAAGGGACAAGUGGUUGAGGCGGAGGAGUGCUACAAUACUGCUCUACGAUUAUGCCCCACACACGCUGACUCUCUCAAUAAUUUGGCCAACAUAAAGAGAGAGCAAGGAUACAUUGAGGAAGCAACCCGUCUUUAUCUGAAGGCCCUCGAAGUAUUUCCCGAGUUUGCUGCAGCCCACAGCAACCUAGCUUCUGUAUUACAACAGCAGGGGAAAUUAAAUGAAGCUUUAAUGCAUUACAAAGAAGCAAUACGUAUACAACCAACUUUUGCUGAUGCUUAUUCAAAUAUGGGGAAUACGUUGAAGGAGAUGCAGGAUAUUCAGGGUGCUCUCCAGUGUUACACUAGAGCUAUUCAGAUUAAUCCGGCCUUUGCUGAUGCACACUCGAAUCUUGCCUCAAUUCACAAGGAUUCGGGCAACAUUCCGGAAGCCAUUCAGUCAUACAGAACUGCAUUAAAACUCAAACCAGAUUUUCCAGAUGCCUACUGCAAUCUUGCACACUGCCUGCAAAUUGCCUGCGACUGGACUGAUUACGAAGCUAGGAUGAAGAAACUUGUGUCAAUCGUUGCCGAACAGUUGGAUAAAAAUCGCUUGCCAAGUGUGCAUCCACACCAUUCCAUGCUUUAUCCACUUUCACAUGAUUUUAGGAAGGCCAUCGCAGCAAGACAUGCUAAUUUAUGCAUUGAGAAGAUUCACGUGUUGCACAAGCAGUCCUUCAAGUAUCCACGUGAGGCAGGUCAACGCUUGAAGAUUGGUUACGUCUCUUCAGACUUUGGUAAUCACCCAACGAGUCACUUGAUGCAAUCAAUUCCCGGUCUCCAUGACCAAAAAAAUGUUGAAGUAUUCUGCUAUGCAUUGAGCACUGACGAUGGCACUAACUUCCGUUCUAAAAUCGCCCGUGAAUCGGAGCAUUUUAUCGAUCUCUCUCAAACUCCCUGCAAUGGGAAAGCAGCAGAUCGUAUUAACAACGAUGGAAUACAUAUUCUGGUUAAUAUGAAUGGUUACACCAAGGGUGCGAGGAACGAGAUAUUUGCAUUACGACCAGCGCCCAUUCAAGUUAUGUGGCUUGGUUAUCCGGGCACAUCUGGUGCAAGUUUCAUGGAUUAUUUGAUUACUGAUGAAGUAACAUCACCUCUGGAAUUAGCUAGUCAAUACAGCGAGAAAUUGGCGUAUAUGCCACACACGUAUUUCAUUGGAGACCAUAAACAAAUGUUCCCCCAUCUGAAGGAGCGUCUGAUCCUCGCAGAUAAGUUGGGACUCAAGGGAAAAGUUGCCGACAAUGUAGCAGUGAUAAACGCCACCGAUCUGUCUCCGAUGAUUGAAAACACAAUGGUAAAGGAGAUACGUGAGAUUAUCGUUGCAGAUUCGAAAAAUAAACCGGUAGAAAUAUCCCUGAAGGUUGCUGAAUUACCAACCACAACACCAAUCGAAACAAUGAUUGCUUCUGGUCAAUGUCAAAUGUCUGUUAAUGGUGUGGUAGUUCAGAAUGGUAUGGCCCCAACUCCUGUCAACACUAAAACAGCAACUGGUGAGGAAGUACCACAGAAUAUUGUUAUCACUACUAGGCAACAAUAUGGACUUCCUGAGGAUGCUGUUGUCUAUUGCAAUUUCAAUCAGCUGUACAAAAUUGACCCAUUGACUUUACAUAUGUGGGCGUAUAUUCUCAAGCACGUACCAAACUCAGUUCUGUGGCUUUUGAGAUUUCCAGCAGUGGGUGAACCGAAUUUACAGGCCACUGCACAGCAACUUGGUCUUGCACCUGGUAGAAUUUUAUUCAGUAAUGUUGCUGCUAAAGAGGAGCACGUUAGGAGGGGACAGUUAGCUGAUGUUUGCCUAGAUACACCACUUUGUAAUGGCCACACCACCAGCAUGGAUGUUCUUUGGACUGGAACCCCUGUGGUUACUCUACCUGGUGAAACACUAGCAUCAAGGGUUGCUGCCAGUCAGCUCAAUACCUUGGGUUGUCCUGAAUUGGUAGCCAGGACACGACAUGAGUAUCAGGAGAUUGCUGUUAGACUGGGAACUGAUCGAGAGUACUUAAAGGCCAUUCGUGCUAAAGUGUGGAAGGCACGUUCGGAGAGUCCACUGUUCGAUUGCAAGAUGUACGCAAUGGGAAUGGAGAUGUUAUACAAAAAAAUGUGGGAGCGUUUUGCACGUGGUGAAAAGCCCGAUCAUAUUGCGGCGAUUGAUAAAAACGAGAGCCAGCAGAAUCAAAAAGCCACGACAGCAUCAUAAAUACAUUACAAUACCUCUUCUCCUUUUCUCCAACAUCUCAUUAACAUUUUUGUUCAUUCACGUACAGAGAGAAUAUAUUUUCGUUCAUUUAUUUCUUAUUGUGUGUGAGAACUAUGGUCAAGAGAGAUGAUUUGAGAACUGUAUUUACCUGUCACGAGGCCUUGGAAUAUUUUUUUUCUCCACCAAUUCUGGAGGAAUGCCAAUGAAAGAGGACGAUGCGCUGGAAAUAUGGGGGGGGAGGGGUAAUAUUUUCUUUUUGUAUCAUAGUUUGACGAGACUAGGGUAGACAUUAGAAGUAAUUUACAAUACGUGAUAAUGUGAGGUAAAUCUGUGAGGAAUGAAUAUGAGGGUUGGUUACAAAAUGUGACAGAUCUGGGGAAUUCAUGGAGAUACGCCUAUUGUUAGGUGCAUUAUUUAAAUUUAAUUUAUUAAGUACUGGAUCCCUAUGUUCACUCACGUCAAAGUGUCGUUUAUCUUUCACUCUUUGGUGCGAGAUCUUAAUUUGCUCACUCGAUUUUUCAAUUUUCGAUUAGUUAUUUGAGGAAUUUCGAGAGAAAUUUGUAUAAACGUAACGAGCGUAAAACUGUUAAUGAGAUAAAGAUUUAAGAUUGAAAAUUGUAAAUAAGUAAACCCGUAGCUCUUCUUUUGUUGGUUGAAUUUUUUUUUUAUGAGAACUUUGGAUUUCAGAGUAGAUAGUAGGCCACCUUUUGAGAAUAUGUGAAAUAAACAUUCAAUCGAAUGUCUGAGAGGUAAGACAAAAUGAUUAUAUUAUGUGUAGACAACCUGACAUAGCUAUGUAAAUCCAGAUAAUAAAUAUACCAUCUUAAGUACAUGA